AUGAUAUUUUUAUCAACUGUGAUAAAGAUUGGAGUGAGUUUUUUGAUUCUUUCGGGCUUAACAACAUGCUAUUAUUAUUAUUCUUCAACAAAUAAUACCUAAAUACUUGAUCAAAGUGUUUCAGCGUAUCAAAGAGAAUAAGUUGUGUCACAUAGAGAUGAAAUACCAGUAGAAGCUACAUUGCAUCACGAGAGGUCAAUAUUGAAAAAACACGCUGCUGGAAAUUGGGGUCCUUUAAGGACUUAAGUGGAUUACUCUAAUGUAGAGCCUUAUGUUAAGAAAAAUUAAUUAGCCUUCAUUAAAGACAAUCUAAUGACUCCAGCCUUGGCAUUCUUAUAGACGACUUUAAAAGUGUUUCCAAGAAUGUCAAACACAUUUGUAAGUUAGAAAUGUGGAGGAUUGAGUGUUUAAAACUUAUAAAAAUCUGGAUAGGUGUUUGAUUUGGGUAUCCUCAUGGCUGCAUCAAAUGAUCCAACCGGGACUUGGUGGUUGAGAGGAGUAUCAUGUGAAUUGGACAGUGUGACUAAUAGACCAAUAUUAGGAACAUUAUAGGUCAAUCUGGCAAUUUUCAAUCAAGUUAACGUUGAAAAAAACAAUAAUGAAGAAUGGGAAUAUUGGUUAUAGCAAACCUUGCAUGAGAUGAUUCAUCUGAUUGGGUUCAAUAGUGUGUUGUACCCCUAUUAUGUGAAUGCAGCAGACAAUAAGGUUUUGGGAAUUGACAAUGUAAUAAGAACUUUCAAGAAUAGAUAAUAUGUAAUAUUAACCCCCGUUUUGGAUAGAGUGAAGAGAUAUUUUUCAUGUAAUGCUGCAGUAGGUGCUUUAUUGGAAGAGAAUGGUGGAUAGGAUAUAGCAGGAUUUCAUUGGGAGAGGAUUACAUUUGGUAAUGAGAUAAUGACAGGUGAUCCAUUCCCAGAUUAGGUGAUUUCUGAAUUCACUUUGGCUUUAUUGGAAGGAACAGGUUGGUACCUUCCAAAUUACACUUAUGCAUAAAUAUUCGGAUGGGGCAAAGAUGAUGGUUGUACAUUGACUACAGGUGCAUGUUCAGUUGUAUAUGAGGAAUUUUGCAAGGUAAAAGAUUAAUCUGGAUGUUCUAACAAUUUUAAUAGUGUAAGUGGUUGUUAUGCAGGUGAUCAACUUAGUUAAGGAUGCAAUUAUUGGAGAGAACAAAGUGAUUGUAGAUAUAAGACAGAUUACAAUGAUAAAUUAGCAAAAUUGACAGGAGGAUCGAUUGGAAUCAAUUCAUAAUGUUUUAUCACUACUUUGGCUUAGAAUGCUUAUGCAACAGCCAGAAGUAGUUGCUAUAGCUCUUAAUGUGUGAAUGGGAAGGUGAUUGUAAAUGUUGAUGGAACAGCAGUGACUUGUACAACAAGUGGACAAGUUAUAUCUGUGAAAUUGGGAUAACAAUAUGGUACAAUUACAUGUCCAGAUAUUACCAAAUUCUGUGCUCAAUUGCAAUUUUGUCCCAAUAAUUGUAGCAACAGAGGAGUUUGCAUAAGCAACAGCACUUGUAGAUGCUGGGUUGGAUAUUUUGGAAACGAUUGCUCAUAAAGAUAAUCAUCAGCCUGA